AUGAUUUGUAUGGCGUCGUACGAGGCAGCCAUGGGAGUGAUGGGCACCAAGUUGGGGAUGAUGACAUAUUUUGAGCCAGAGGGGAAGUGUGUGCCAGUGACAGUCAUAGGCUUUCACGAGGGCAACAUUGUCACUCAGAUAAAGACAGAGUCCACAGAUGGGUACGUUGUUGUUCAAGUGGGGUACAGGCGAGUGAGGGACACCAAGCUUAGCAAGCCUGAAUUGGCCUCUGCAUCCCAGCUCGAUGCCUUCCAACCCAAUCAACGAUUGAACUUCCAUGAGAUGUUUGCCUAG